ACAGUUACACUCUUAACUCGCAUAAAUCUAAAAUCGAAAUCAAACUUUAUUGCAUAAAUCCUUUUGUUUCUUUUCUUGUCGAUUACUCUAACAUGGUCUACAUAUGGAAAAAAUAGAAACUUUGGUAGAAUUAAGAAAAUAGAGAUAGAACUCUUAAUAAGUUAGAGCUUUACUCUGGCCGUGAAAAGCUGCUCGUUUCAUCUGUUUCUUGCUAGGUUAUGGUUUUGAGAUAAUCCUUCUCCCACCAAGUAAUAGGGCGUGAUGUUUUUCAUUACUCUUACAUUUCCGCCUUCUGCUGCUGCCUUUAAGUACCAUUUAGUCUGACAAACAUAGCAUCAUCAGUUUCCGUUACUUUCCAUUGAAUGUGUACAGCCAUAAAUAUCAGCAGAGCCGGUGACAAAGUUGUUGUUAUAUGUAUUACUUAAGCCAAUGGUCAAAGGGAAUGAAUUCAUUGAUUUAUUGUCUAUGAGAUAUAAAGUUCAAUGAAUUCAAAGGGAAUCAAACAAAUUAACAGACAUACUUGCCACUCAAGGCAUCCCAGCAAACUUAUCCUUCUUAUUCAAUUCGUAUGUGCCUAGUGUAAUAAACAAUGCAAUCAUUGCUAGUUGUGACUAUACUUGUCCAGCAAUAUACUUCUGUUGGAGAAAUUAAAAAAAGAAAAGACAUUAAGGUUAACUAUGCUGACAAAAAAAACUAUUGAUAGAUAUUUAGAAUUAUGUGGAUUUUGCUUUUUAAUUAACUAUGCAACUUGUAAUUGUAUAAUUAUCAGCGUUUUAAAAAUUAAUUAUACAAAUUAAGGGUAACUCUGUCAAAAUAAUGAUAUCUUUACUCCUAAUGUAUUUUUAAUUAUGAGUUUUGGGAAAAUUUUAAAAGAGGGAACCUAUAAAUAUCUUCUUUUCUGAUUUUUCCUCUGCAAAUCCCUUCUGCUGUCUUCCUUGUUCGAUUUGAGUUUCAAUAGGUAUAUAUCGUCCCCACCACCUUCCUUUGCUGGAUUAAUUCUUCGGAUAAAUGUUUCGACUUGCUUGUUGAGUGUUUGGCAUUCUGAAUAAAGUCUAUGUGGAUCUUUGUGAAUUUUCUUUUCUAGGGUUUUCAGACAGAUCAGAUGGCUUCAGGUUCAGAGAAAACUCUUCCUUGUCCAGGUACUUUUGUUGUCUUGAUCUAAAGCGUACUAGUCACAUGCGAUUAUUGUGUAGUAAUAUUCGGUGGUUUUGUUUCUUCUUCUCGGCAGAUUCGAGUAAAAUUACCUCGCCUGCCCUUAAAUUCGAUGCUUUGGAUUUCCCAGCCAUGAAGGCUAUGGAAGAUUUCGAGACUUGUGCGAGAGAACAUGGUGAGAAAAUGCGUGAGGAUCCUGCAUAUAUCCUGGAGCUUAGCAGAUGUAAUCCAGGCGCUAAGUUUGAUCAAGAACAGUUGAGCAACAUGGGGCAAAUGUUUCAGCGCCUUCAGGAUCACGCGCGGCAGGAUCCUCGUGCGUCUUUCGAGAAUCUCGGGAAACCUGGAGCACUGGAGGAAUUUGCUGAGCGUGUUGCCCAAAUUAGAAAAGAUCCUGAAGUUGAACCCAUUCUAGCUGAGUUAGACGCUUGUCCUGCUGCUCUCUUGAAGUUUGUGGAUGACAAACAAGUGUUGAAAAAGCUUGGAAAAUCAAUGCUUAGGUCUCAGGUAAAAGACCUCUCUGUCUUGUCCUUUCGUUUGGCAUUAUUGCUCAAAGCUUUUAACUCACUACCCUUCCAACAGGGUCUGAACUAUGAUGAUGAUGAUGAAGAACUUGUCUCUGAGGGAAGAAAAGCCCUCAAGAUUGCUUUUGGGUAUGCCAAGAUGAAAUGCUUCAAAGUUCUUCUGGAUGCUGAAAGGAAAAAGGCCAAUAAGGUUGAGAGGAAAAAGAAGACAACAUCUCAUCAUGCUUCUAGAAAAGGAAAGACAAAGCGUUCAAACAUUCUUUCAAACAAGGGUGAUGAUGUGGCACUAAAAAACUCAGAAAGUCAAAUUCCGACCACUGAGCUGGAUGAUUCCAGCUCCAUGUGUUGAAGCUGAUUCAGAUGGACCAUUGCGCUUAAGGGAUGGAUCUAGAGUACUAUUACUAGGAUUUGUUAAUUUCAUUUUUUAAACUGCUUAGAACAUUGUUAGAUUUUUCUUAAAAACUUGACAGUUUUAGAAACUUAUUGGUGGUUAUUUCAUCAAGAGGUAGUGGAUUAGUGAGAAGUAUAUCUAACUUUCUUCGACA